AUGACUGACGUCUCGCGCUAUCUUCACUUUGGCCGAUUCUCUCUGUCCGCGACUGGGGUCAUCGUUCUCAGCUACUUCGUCCUCUACGUCCUUUCCCUCCGGUACUACCAUGGCGUUAGCUAUCGUGAUCCGACCUCGUAUUUUUUCGACGCCGACCGCGCCUACGAGCGACAUUAUUCGGCGAAACGAGUUGCGGAGGCGGAAUCAUUUCUGAGCGCGGCUGGCGAUGUAGCGCCUCCUUCAAGGGUACCGGGCCAGCAGCCGUCCUUGUGUAUGGGCAUUGUGUCGGUCAAGCGGAGGGGAGAUCAGUACGUUGGCUUGACGGUGGCGUCGCUCCUGGAUGGACUGAAUGAGUGGGAGAGGAGCAAGAUCCUUCUGUACCUCCGUAUCGGGAAUACGGACCCAAAAGUCCACCCUAUAUAUUCGGAGAAAUGGGUAGAAACGCUGCCCGAUCGGCUGUUGACGUACUCGCCAGACGACCCCGAUUUUGAACAACUCAAAGAAUGGGAGGAGGGGGGAUGGUAUCGGAACAAGACGAUCUACGACUUUACGACGCUGAUGAAAGAAUGUUAUGAAAGCGGCGCCAGUUACGUCGCAAUGCUUGAAGACGAUACCCUGGCAGUCAAGGGCUGGUUCCCAUCUGCCAUGCGUGCCCUUGAUACAGUCCAGUCGCGGACUGCGGGCCGAGACUGGAUCUACUUGCGUCUCUUUUAUAUAGAUGGCCUGCUAGGCUGGAACGGCGAAGAGUGGCCGAAAUAUCUAACCUGGUCGUUCAUUGUCUGGGCGUCCAUUACUGGAGCCAUGGUCGCUUCUAAGAGAGCGUUUAAAACAGAGCUCAGGUCCAUCCCGAUGAGCGCUAUCUGGCUCACAUCGACCGUAUUUAUCCCGGCCGCCAUCGUCCUCCAUUUCCUGGCCGGCCGGCAGACAAUGUGGCCCAUACCGCCCGGUGUCCACGAGAUGAAUAAGUACGGCUGUUGUUCGCAGGGCCUUGUUUUCCCGCGGGCUAUCAUACCGCCGUUUCUCGAGCACACGGACCUAACGACGGACUGGUUGGUUGACAUGAUGGUUGAGAAGAUUGCAGAUAGCCAGGGGUGGAGCCGGUGGGCUGUUGUUCCUCCACUGUUGCAGCACAUUGGGGCCACGAGCUCCAAGGGAUACGGAUUCGAUAACUCGGCCAGUACGAUCUGGAAUUUUCGGUUUGAGGAGUAUGAUGUUUAG